AUAUAUACACGCCAGAAUAAUUGAUUUAUAAGUGUAAAAAGCGGAUUAAAAUCACUUAUAAAGUUUUCAAUCACGAAACUAAUUCACUACGUAAUUAAAUAAAUGAAAAACUCACUUUUGUACGCUUAAUAUACAGAAAACACCUUACUUAAAAAAUACUUUAAAAUGCCGGAAAAAUUAUUAAAUCACUCAUUUAGUUGAUUAAUUAGAAAAUAUGGAGUUGGAUUAAUUUUUAAAUAAAUUAAAUUAAGAAAAAAUAAUGGCACGAUUAAUAAUAAUAUAGAGUAAGUGCAUUAAUUGCAGGUGUCCUUGCCAAUCUGGAUUUGGUACUCGAAUUCAGAGAGGAUGUGAUACAAACCUUUAAUGAAGCAAUUACCCAUUCGCCUGUGUUAUGCCAGAGUUAAAAGGUUGCUCUAUUGCACUUUCCAUUAUUUUUUUGUUCCCUUUCAUUGAUUUUUACCUUCAUGGAUCCAUCUUUAGUUUCUUCCCUCUUAUUGAUGUUUAGUCUAUGUGCGGGUGGACAUAUCAUGAAUGAAGUGGAAAGGCUGAGACUUCAAUAUCCAGAAAAUGAAUUGCUGUUACAGAAAUUACAGAAUGAGACUUAUGAAAUUAUUAAUCCCAUUCAGAUGAAACAGCAUCUCAAACUUGGAAUAUCCACAAAAUAUACCUCACACAAUACUUCCGAGAAACAUUAUCAACAAACUACCUUGCUGAUAAAAGCGUUUAAUUACGACUUUCGCCUGGAAUUAGAAAUAAACAAAUACCUACUCUCCCCGAAUUUAAUUUAUAAAACAUACUUACCGGAUGGAGUAGUGCAUUCAUCACAGUCUAUAGAAAAUUGCUAUUAUCAUGCAACUAUAAAAGAUUAUCCGGAUGCCGUAGCUGCUUUAAGAACCUGCGAUGGGAUCAGCGGUAUCAUCUACUUGCAAAAUGAUACUCUAGCCAUUCAUCCAUUUUAUGGAGGUGAUCUUUCGAUCAGACAUCCUCAUGUUAUAUAUCAUUUGCCACCUGAUACAGACACAGUCAAACUAUGCGAUAUCAAUGGAGUUGAAGAAGUGAAUACAAACGAUACAGACGAAGGAAAUCUAACUGAGACUGCCAGAACUCGAAGAAAUAUUCAAGAAUUAAUUAAAUAUAUCGAAGUGGGUAUAGUCAUCGAUAAAAUUACGUUUAACAUGAAAAAUGGCAUACAUUCUGCAGUAAUCGGUGAUAUUAUUCAAUCGGUAAAUUACGUCGAUCUGUUUUAUAAAAAAAUGAAUACUCGGCUGUCGAUAGUAUAUGUUGAAACUUGGAACGAUAAUGAUUACGUAGACACGGAAAGCCCUCUUCAGAGCAUAAUGAAUAAUUUUAUUAAUUAUGCAACUGAUAAAUUAUCAACAAUCAAUAGAGAUGUUAUGCUUUUUGUUACAGGCCACGAAAUUCAAGAAGAAAAACUGGGAAUAUGUACUCCACGUAGUAUUUGUACUGAUCAAUCUGCUAUUAUAUUACAAGGCAGAACCGAUACUCACAUAAUUGCCGGAACUACAGCUCAUUUGUUAGGACAUACCCUAGGAAUAAACCAUGAUUCAGCUGACUGUAUUUGCGAAGAUUGGUGGAGGGGAUGCAUUAUGGAAGAAACAUUAACAAAUAGUACCAGAUCCCAUUUUUCUUCAUGCAAUCUUGAAACGUACCUUAAUAUUUUACAGAAUAACGAAGCCAUCUGCCUUUUCAAUAAGCCAUAUCCGUUAGAAAAUAUUCCAUUUUGUGGCAAUGGAAUCAUAGAAACUGAUGAAGAUUGUGACUGCGGUAGCAUUCAAGAUUGUUUGGAUAACGAGCCAUGUUGCAAUCCUAUUACCUGUAAGUUAAAGCAUGGAGCUGAAUGUUCUCUUGGAGAAUGUUGCUAUAAUUGCAAAUUAAAGCCAAAAGGGCACCUUUGUCGGAAAUCCGUCUCGGAAUGCGACAUACCAGAAUAUUGUGAUGGAGUUCAUGGAAAAUGUCCCACAGAUAUUUAUCAAAAAAAUGGAAAAUUAUGUGGAGAUGGUGAGAAUUACUGUUAUCUGGGAACGUGUCCUUCACCACGAUCUUUAUGCGAACACAUAUGGGGAUACAAUUCUUAUCCUGCCGAUGACAUAUGUUUUGACCGUCUAAAUGUUCAAGGAGGACUUGGUGGACAUUGUGGAAGAGAUGGACAUGGAGGAUACAAGAAAUGUCUACCAGAGAAUGUAAAAUGUGGAGCACUUCAAUGCCAGAAAGGACUUUAUAAUAAACCUUUAAUGGAGCCAGAUACUGAAUUUACUUCUGCAGAAUUUACAAAUAAUGGAAGCAUUUCCAAAUGCAAAUUAAUGCAAGGGAAUGAAAGUACAGACAUAUGGACUAUAGUGCCGGAAGGGUCAAAAUGUGGCGAAAAUAAGGUUUGCAUUAAUGGAAACUGCACCAAAUUAGAUGAUGUUGUUGACAAGUGUCCAUCAGAUAACAACAAAACAUGUUCUGGACAUGGGAUAUGUUCGACAAUUGAUACUUGCUAUUGCAACGAAGGAUGGACCUAUUUCGACUGCAGCGUACAGGUUGAUUCCGGAAAAAUUCCAAUACAAGUGAACGUAGAUAAUUCGAGAUCUUGGCUCAAAAAAUUAAGUGUCCAGAUAGUAAAUUUUGGAGACACUCCAUUACUUGAUAUUCCACAGCCAAUAUUGGUCAUAACACUUGUAAUAAUAGCUGGACUUUUUGUUUUUCUAAUAGCAAUAUACAUUGUAAGUCAAAAUCGGAUCCAACAACCGACAGAACAAAAGAUUUUUACCGAAAGUCAAAGAGAACAAACUACACCUAUAAAUAAUUUAUAAAUUAUAUAUUAGAAUAUGGAUAAA